AUGUGGAAAACAGCCAAGGCCCUAGUCAACCCAGACGCCCGGCAAAACAUCCCGGCACUAACCACUCUGGGGUACACGGCAAACACCAACUCCGAGAAAGGCGACCUCUUCGCCGAACACCUGAGGGACCGUUUUCGGGUCAACCUCAGGAGAAAAAAACAACCAUCCACAGACACGACAACAGCCCAAUCAAAGAAAACAAUAACAGACUACCCCACCAACGAUCACCUCCGCCUCGCUACCCCGAAGAUCGCGAUGCUCCUCCAGGACCUCUCCCCAAAAAAGGCCCCCGGACUAGACAAAAUCACGAACGCUGCACUUAAACACCUCCCCAAUAAACAGACCACAGAACUCACAAACAUUGUCAACGCCAUCCUUCGACUAAGAUCAUUCCCGAACACCUGUAAAAAUGCGCGCAUCAUAAUGAUUCCAAAAGCAAACAAAUCAAGAAAGGAGCCCAACAACUACAGGCCCCUCCUUUCAUCGUUAGAAGCAGCCGCCCGAGCGGAACCCCGACCGGCAGGCCACACGAUGGAUCGAAAAGAUCCAGAUUCUGACCCCGAGGACAGCCCGGCGUCUUCGGACGACGGAAACCAUUCUCGCAGCCCCGUCAACAAGAAGCCCGCCAAACCAUCGUACAAUGACUUGGCAGAAUACAGCAGCAAACUGGCUGAAGAGAACAAGAUCCUUCGUUCAAGGAUGAACGAAGUGAUACAACAAAACGCCGACCAACAAAGAACCAUCAAUGAAAUGCGUGAGGCGCAGAAAAUCCAGGAGGAUAUGAUCAGGAAACUACAGGAAACCCUAGACAAGGUACUCGCUAAAGUAGGCAACCCCGUCACCACCCCAACCCCAAAACCAGACACCACCCCGGCAUCAACCCCCGACACACCCAUGGACACAUCCGUACCGGCAACACAAAGGAAAAGGAGGAAUUCGGUGGAAUUCCCCCCGCUCUCCAAAAAACAACCGCCCUACCACGCCAAUCCCAGCCAGACAAAGAAUCCCCCAGUACAAUCAACGAAAUGCGCGACUUCCCCGGCACAACCAGGGACAAGCAAAGAACAUCCCCCGGAACCGACUCGCCCGGUUGAACCAACGCCAAACCCAGCCCCCGCUUCAACACCAACUCCCGACACCAAAGAACGUGUUCCCCCUGUUAUCAUAAGGUCCAAAUCAAACUGGGUCCAGGUCUCGGCGUCCAUGAAAACCCGACAAAUCCACUAUACUUCAGCCAGGAAUACCGAGGAAGGUAUAAGGAUCCAACCAAGUAGCACCCCCGAUUACCGCAACGCCACGAGGUUCCUGGACGGAAACCGGAUACCAUAUCACUCCUUCCAGUUAAAGGAAGAGAGAAACCUCCACGUGGUCCUCAAAGGCAUCCCCGAAUCUCUUGACGCGGAGACCGUCGCCGAGGAGCUCCAGGUCCUAGGGUACCACCCGUCUAAGCUCUUCGGGCAUAAUCAGGGCAAAUGCCCAGCGCCUCCAAAAUGCGUAAAAUGCGGUGCAGGGCACAGGACGGAAAUCUGCAAAAAAUCCAAAAACACCCCCGACCGCUGCGCUAACUGCCGAGGCGACCACACAGCGAACGCGAGGAUUUGCCCGUCAAGACCGCCACCCAAGAUUCCGCUCCCCGUCAAGGCUGCAGCAGCCGCCACCUCGCCGAAUCCCAACCGGCCGAUGUUCCUACGCCGGAGUCACCUCCCCUCCGCCCGCCCCAAACCCGAAUCCCGAACCCAUUCCCGCACACCAACUUCAGCAGGUUAUUCAACUCUACAACCUGCUGAAAUCAUGAAAAACACAACCGCCAACCGCACCCAUUAA